ACAGACGGAACUCGAAAUGUGACGGUUGCUGUAGAAAAUUGUGGUCUUCUCACUGAUCAUGAGAUUGAGAUGACCAACACGACUGCAGAUGGUUUAUUAGAGAAGUACAAGAAAGGUUCUUGGACAGCGGAAGCUGUUAUCACGGCAUAUCUCAAGAGAGCUACAGUAGGACAUCAGUUGGUUCGUCAUUCCCCGUUACAAUUCAGCAUCGAACAUUUGCUGAAGAGUGCCGACCAGUUAAAUUUUGCGACAGAGUUUUUAGCAGAGUCGGCAAUAAACACAGCUAGAAAUCUGGACAAAUAUUUUCGCGAGACAGGCACUCUCAUAGGCCCUCUUCAUGGUGUACCUGUCUCAGUCAAGGAACACGUCGGUAUCGGUCGUAAAAGAUGCAACGCAAGCUUUGUAUCAAAAAUCGACAAUAUAGUUGAAGAAGAUGCUCUUAUUGUUAAACUCUUGAAAGCAGCUGGGGCGGUCAUCCAUGUCAGGACCAACCAGCCCCAAAGCAUCAUGCAUCUAGACUGCAAUAACAAUAUCACCGGAAUGACUCUCAACCCACUGGAUGAACGACUUAGCCCCGGUGGAUCAUCCGGUGGUGAGGGCGCCGCCAUUGGGUUUCGUUGCUCCGUUCUUGGUGUUGGCACAGAUAUCGGCGGAUCAAUCAGAGUGCCGGCUGCGUUCUGUAACGCCUAUGGUUUCAAGCCAACCGCGUUGCGAAAUCCAUCCCUCGGUCUAGUCGGAGCUAUGGGCGGCCAGGAGGGCAUUCGAGGUUGCGUUGGCCCUCUAGCACGGAACCUCGAUGACCUGAUUACAUUCGAGAAGGUAAUAUGGAAUCAACAGCCUUGGGAGACUGACACCGUUCUGGUCCCUCUCUCCUGGCGAGAAGUCGAAGUCUCCCCAAGUACUUUGACUGUUGGAAUUUUGUUAGAUGAUGGGCUCGUCCGUCCUCACCCGCCGGUAACAAGAGCUCUUGUCGAGGCCGAGAAGAAAUUGAGAGCAGCAGGUAUUAAAACUGUUCGCUGGGAACCUCACAAUCACUCCGAAGGCUGGGAGAUUCUGAGGCAACUUUACUUUGCGGAUGGCGGGGAACGUGUCCGGGCGGUAAUCAACGAGUCGGGUGAACCUGUGAUGCCGCUCACAGAAUUUGCGCUCACCCGAGGAAGCAGUGAGCCGCUGACCACCCACAAAAGCUGGGAGCUAAAUAUGAGACGCGAGAAGCUGCGUCGCGAAUACCAUGCUCUCAUGAGAGAAAGGGGCGUGGAUGUCAUCCUAUGUCCGUCGUACGCAGGAGUAGGAGCCGUUCAAGGAACACCGACAUAUUGGCUAUAUACCUCAAUAUGGAAUGCCCUCGAUCAGCCGGCUGUCAGCUUUCCAAGUCACAUCAUCACCGAUAAGGAGCUUGACAAAGCCGAUGCCGCUUACGAACCGCGGUCUGACGUGGACAAGAAGGAAUGGGAAGCUUACGACCCAGAGCUGUUCCAUGGUAUCCCGGUGUCACUUCAGCUGGUUGGGAAGCAUCACCGCGACGAAGAGCUUCUGCUAGCUGCCAAGAUAAUUGAGGGCGCUUUGCUGUCUUAG